AUGAACUACUCCUCAACGCAAGUUCUCGCGGACGAGAGCGGCCUGCUCUUACCCAAGGCCAACGCGCAUCCCAAGCGCCGCGGCGUCGCCGCCGCGCUGGUCGCGCUGUGCUUCGCGAGCGGCGUCGCGUACGCGUCGACGAGGUCUUCCCAGGCCGCAAUGGAACUCGACAUUGGAUCCGACGUGUGCAGCGCGGACAACUGCUACGAGCUCGCAAUGUGCUACAACAAUAUAAGGGAACUUGAAAACAUCAUAAGGGAACUUGAAAAUUCAAGGUCCGCGGCGGUGCCGACGAGCUUCGUUUGGCAGGUGAUGACGGACGAAGACGACGAACGCGCCAAUUCGGUCUCCGACAUCAACGAACGCAUCCGCGAGGCGAUCGGAUAUACCCAGUCGUGCUGCAUGGAGAGAGGCACGCAAUCCAUUUUUCCCUCGUGGCUCACUACGGUCCCUAACUACUGGUGCGUACGGGAUUGGGGUAACUGCAUCAACGAAGUGGAUGGCGAAUGCCAAAAUCCCUACGAGGCCGACGACGAUGAGUGGAAUCCCCCUCGCCCGGGUACCUACCCGGUCACGACAAUCCUGAAAUCGAACCUCGAACCGGCGCUCACCUGGUGUGGCUGCGCCACGACAAGCUCGGCGAACCCUGGCAUGCAGACGGUGGGUUUCAGUGGCCGCUGCAGCCGGGGCGCCGGCGAUUACUACACGAAGUACACGGACAUCGCGACCGCAGUCUGCGACCGCGCCUGA